AUGGCUGCCGUGGCUUCCCUGAACAUUUGCCUUAUCAUAAUGGAGGCGGUUUCGACUAUUCUGGUUUUUAAGGGUCAGGAGAAGGCCUCGGACAAUGGCGCUGCUACCGCUGACAACAAAAAAUCCAUUACAGACUACGUGAAGGAUGGCGGCCGGGACUGUGGACCCAUAUCCAUGGGCGCUGCAACCACGGUGAACCAGCGGCAGUUAAGUGUCGAGACAGGGGUUGUCCAGCCCUUGGGAUUGAAUGGAGCAGUAGUCUACGACAUGGAGCAGUAUCACAAGGAGUACCAGCUGUAUCUAAAGAGCCAGCAGUUGUCCACUUCCGAUCAAGCAACAGGCGCGGAAGCGAGCGAAGGCAUGGAGGGUAAAUACGACGACCCGUUACAAGAGUCGUCAUACAAGAUCGAGGCUCCAAUGGAUGGCCCCCAUGAAGGAUCCUCGUCAGCUGUACCUCCAAGGCCCACUAUAGAAGGACACUUUCCUCACACUCCUUCAAUACCUCCUCAUUUAGAGGUAGAGCCCUUUACGCCCUCGAUGAAGGGCCACACACAGCCGCCGGCAAUACCAUUAUCAGGUAGCAGCGACCUGGUCCAUCCGAUUCUGGCCAUUCCAGCACAGCAGACGUCGCCAACCCCGAGCAUUGACGUACGUGGGCUCUUGCCGGUCGAUGUUCAAUUACGGGCCAACCCCUAA